AUGGCACUAAGGUCGCCGGUCGAACGACAUGGUUCCGACCUCGAACUAGAUGCACUGCCACCCUCCACCGAUCGGGCUCCCAUUGAAGAAGCGGAGGGGAGGGGAAUCGUCAGCACGUUGGGCUCUAACUUCCCCGGAAGACCCCAAGUGGUGCUGAUCAAGGGCCGACGCGGUUGGUGCCAUGCAGAAGGCUGGCGGCUAGAGAACAAUCUCCUAUGGGGGGUGGGUUUGCUCGAGCUUGCCAAUGCCGGCGACUUUGCGGCCAAUGUCUGGAACGAUGUGCCCGUCCCGGUUUUCGUAGUGAUAUUAUGUGCCAUUGGCGGUACCGCAGCUGGAGUCAUCUGCACAUUUGCCUUUGCAGAUUCGAUAAAAGCAUGGCACAACAUUCAGUUCCUGCGCGGGCAGCGGGCAGAGCUCCGAGCGGCCAGGUCGCGUCAGCUGGACGAUGAACAGGCCUCGGGUUCAAGCCUUGAGGUUCUUGAUGAGCUCACCAAGCGCGAGCUUCGGACAGAAGCCAUAAAUCGUUGGGGCAUGGACUUGCUUAUGGGAGGCGCCGCAGUUCUGAUUUCUAUUGGUACAUUCAUGGCUAUCGGCGGCAACAACCACAGGAUAUGGGUUGCAAGUAAUCUGCUGUCCGGAUAUGUUGGAAAUACACCAGUUCUUAUUUUCGGACUUGUCAAUGCGUUCUGGCAGGUCGUCAUCUGGAAAAAGAUGCACCACCACGAUAGAGCCGCCAAGAAGAAGUUACAGGGCCAUCCGGAACUAGCUCUAAUCCGAAAGCGGUGUUUCAAUGUGCAGAUUUAUUCGGUAGCCAAUGGCAUGGCUACGAUUAUGGGUGGAGUUGGGUCUAUGCUCACCCCGACAUUCUGGUGGGCAUAUAUCAUUCUUAUCCCCGUCAUCAUCACUUCUUUCUUCUGCAACUACUGGUGGCGAAGAAAGGUCGGAUACGACCGCCCUCACGAUUCUACUUCGGUUAUCAGCUCAGCAAGCCUUAUUGACGAGAUACGGGUCGCCUGCCGAGCUAAGAAUAUCGUCGAAAACCACCCAGGUGCCGCACUGCCACAUCUAGUCACCGAGUAUGAGAAACCAGACGGUUUGCUAUUAUUCUUCAUCAGUCAUGGGCUCUUUGAAGCGUUCUGUCUUCGGCUUGUCAACGAAAAGCUUCUCUUCCCGCACAACGGUGAUGCGGAAACUUCACAGCUGUGUAUUGACACAGAUUGUCUUUCGGCUCUAUACCAAUGUCACAGUUCUGCCUUCUGGAAGACUGGUGAGGAGCUUCUUCGCCUUGAGGGGCCAAAACAUUUCAGGCAUCGAAGGAGAUUUUUCACUGAGCUGCUCGGCGAGCACCUAAGCCAUUCAGUUUAA